UUUUGGGGGCAAUACGUUAAUUGCGCGUCAGGAAAACCUAGGGUCAAACCGUAUGUGGGUGGUGGCGGUAGGAGACAGAGAUGACAAGUGUCUUACACGAAAACCGUUUAUUUUGACAUGAAGUUAACUUACACAACAGGAAUAACAAAAUAAGUUCGUUGGCCGGCUGAGGUUUCGCUUCUUCUGUGCCCCGGGGCUCAAUGAGAUUCAGAGAUUAUCUUCUAGCGCAAUGGAUUUAUAUUUUCAAAGUGACAAAGACAACAAAAGGGCACACGUGUUGUUAUAUUUAACCGAAACGAAAAUAGGAUUUAGAAUUAUGAACUUUCAAUUCAUUAACAAAGAAAACGCUUUAAAGUAUACGUUUGAUCAUAUAACUCAAGUGAUUACUUUUAUGGUGACACGAUCUACUAUGAAAUAAUAAUCUAUCAUGGAAACCAUGUUGCAGAUACAAAUUACCACUAAUUCUUUUUAUGAACGGAAUUUCUGUACCCCGAAUAAGAAUCUAAAAUUGUUGUCUACAGUACCGCAAUCGAUUAUUAAGGGAUCUCAAAAAGUCCCGUCCCUCUGGCAUCUAAAACAGGCGCCCAUUAAUAUAGCUUUCAAUGUAUGAAUGAAGAUUGAUUGCUUGAAUCGAAUUACAUAUCACAAUUGAAAGAAACAUUAUACCAGAAAUCAAAUAAGAUAUGCAUUAGCUAUUAGAAGAAGGAAAAUGGCUAAUGGACAAAUAUUAAUUGUAUCGAUCCUCAACAUUAUAUUUUGUAAUAAGUCUUUACGUUAAUAGAACCUAUCGCAAACACUAGUACCUUGUAUAUAAAAAAAUACGUAAAUAAUUUAAAUAAAUGGCCAUAAAAUGUUAAUAAGUUAUCGUAUAUUUAAAAUUAAUAUUUAAUACAUUUUAUUUACAAAAUUAUUAGAAUUGUUAAUAUUUAUAAACCACACAUUUAUAAUUAAACAUCCAUGGCUGAUGAAGGUCAUUAAUGAUGAUUGAUACAUAGAGAUUUCUGUAUGAGGUUGGCUAUGAAUUUGAUGGCUCUAAAUGAUAAUUGCUAUUACAUAAUUCAAGGAUUAAUCAUGGCAUUGCAUUUGGUGAAUAGCAAAUAGUAAUUUGAUUCGGCAAAUCAGACAAGCCACAAUACAUUCUCCUCCGAAAUCUCUUGACUAUUUGUGCAGAAUGGUAUUACUUUCAGAAGCCGUUCUUCCUUAUUUAAAUCUUGUGCAGAUUUUUGGAAUUUAUAUUGGUAAAAAGAGAAACAAAUUCUGGUUUUCUUUAAUAAUCAUUCAAUUAUACUUCAUUUUCAUGAUAAUGAUUUUAGUAUUUUUUCCGGAAGAAAUACUACCGAAGAGUUUACAACUCUCUGGCAUUUUACAACUUUGUAAGAUACCAGAGUUCUGGAAUAUAGUAGGAAGAGAUUUAAGAUACAUUGUAUGUUUCUGUAUUUGCAUUCCAAUAAUAUACGUAUAUUUUUAUAACAGAAAUAGUUCUUAUAUGAUAAAGGCCAUCAGUAUUAUUGAAAAAGAUUUAGAUCACAGCGUAAAUCUAUCAAUUAACGUGCUAUAUGUUCAAGAUUUCAUCGUUUUGUUCUUCAGCUUUCUUACUUUUUGCAUAAUGUUUAUUAUAAAUGCUAUUUAUAUUUCUCACAGAAAUUAUCAUCAAAAUAAUACAUCGUUUCCACAAGAACUUUUCUGUAACGUCCACUACGUCAUAGGAGGUUUAAUUAUCUGUUGUAUAAUAUGCUAUGGAGUUGGACUUCUUUGGCUUAAUAAUUACAUCUGCAAUGUUCACGCGAAGUCAUUUAUUUUAUAUUUGAAAAAACAAUUAGAUGAGAAAUCUGAUGUAGACAUGGCAACAGUACUCAUGAAAACGUCAAGUAUUUGUUACUCUAUUAACAUAAUAAACAAAUUCUGUGACGAACUUCAAACACUUUUUAUUAUAAUUGCCAUUCCUUUGGCAAGUAUUGCAGCAAUAUAUGUAUCAUAUACCAUAGCUCUUUCUUCAGAAUUAUUUAUACUGUUAUGCGUAAUAAUUAGCUUUUUAAUAAUGUUUAUAGCAUACGCGUUAUUCUUAUCAAAAGUUCCUUCUCUGAUUGAGCAAGCUUCCUUUUGCAUUAUGGACUUUUAUUUCAGAAACGAAAGUAAUUACAGCUCGUUGAUUUUGUUGUACGUCAUUAAGCGUGAUAUCGGAUACAAGAGCAAGAACUUCUUCUUCUUCAACAAGAAAAGUUUUAUGAGUUAUAUGCUUGAAUACGUUACUCAAGUUCUGUCAUUUCUGCAAAUAAGAUAUUCUAAAAUAAAUCGCGAAUGCAUAUGAAUAUUUGUGUGGUUUUCUAUCGUUGCUAUAUGUUCAAAUAUAUAUGAACACCUGAAUCACUUGACACGUACACUUAACGGAUAUUCGGCAGGAAUCACUUGUAUGCUGAUAUGUAAACAUCAACUGUUCGCAUUUCGUUUAUCUGGAACAAUAGAAAAGCCUUCACACCUGGAGAUACCCGGCAGCUGCAUCUCGAAUUCGAAUUCAUAGUCGCUGAAUUAAAAUACAG